GGUAUGCUUGUGGUAGUUCGAAAGAGGCCAAGGUUUCUAGGCAGGCAGUACGUUAGUCACCAGUGCCCAGAUUUGGUUGCUAGGCAACGACGGGGUCCUUCCUGGCUCGGCGGCGCUCCGGGCCGCGGGGAGCCGGGAAAAGGAGGGGGGACCGGAGGGGGCGGCAGCGGCAGCGGCGGCGGCGGGAGUUUGCGCGUCCCCGGCUCGGGCCUUUCCACUCCAGGGAAGAUGUCUGUGUCCGACGAGCCCCGAGUGAUGUCCUCGGUGGAUGAGGCUGAGCCGCCAGAGGAGGAGGAAGAUGAGGAGGAGGAGGAGGAAGGAAAAAGGAGGGAGAAGGAGCCGGUGGCUGCGGCCCCUGGGGCAGCUGGGGCUGCGGGGCCCAGCGCCAGCUUCGGGCUGGUGGCGGCGCGGCGGGAGCCGGCCGUGAAGCUGCAGCACGCCGUCAGCGGCCUGGAACCGCUCUCCUGGUCUGAGGACCACCGAGUGUCGGUUUCCACCGCCCGCAGCAUUGCCGUGCUGGAGCUUAUCUGCGAUGUGCACAGCCCGGGCCAGGAUCUGGUCAUCCACCGCACCUCAGUCCCCGCUCCGGCCAACAGCUGCUUGCUCAAGGUUGGUUCAAAAAAGGAAGUUGCUGAAUGUAAGGAGAAAUUUGCCACCUCUAAGGACCCCACAGUCAGUCAAAGCUUCAUGUUAGAUAGAGUGUUCAAUCCUGAAGGAAAAUCUUUGCCCCCAAUGAGAGGAUUCAAGUAUACCAGCUGGUCCCCAAUGGGCUGUGAUGCUAAUGGGAGAUGCCUGUUGUCAGCAUUAACCAUGGACAAUCGCUUGACCAUCCAGGCUAACCUCAACAGACUACAGUGGGUACAGCUGGUUGAUUUAACUGAGAUCUAUGGAGAGCGUCUUUAUGAGACCAGCUAUAAGCUCACCAAAAAUGAAGCCCCUGAAGGAGACCUGGGAGACUUUGCUGAGUUUCAGAGGAGGCACAGUAUGCAGACACCAGUACGGAUGGAGUGGUCAGGCAUUUGCACCACCCAACAGGUCAAGCACAAUAAUGAAUGCCAUGAUGUUGGUAGUGUUCUCCUGGCAGUCCUUUUUGAAAAUGGAAACAUUGCAGUGUGGCAGUUCCAGCUCCCAUUUAUUGGCAAGGAAUCCAUUUCUUCAUGCAACACCAUUGAAUCUGGGAUUACCUCUCCUAGUGUUUUGUUUUGGUGGGAAUACGAACACAACAAUAGAAAGAUGAGUGGGCUUAUUGUGGGUAGUGCAUUUGGGCCUGUUAAAAUUCUUCCUGUUAACCUCAAAGCAGUUAAGGGCUACUUCACAUUAAGACAACCAGUUAUUUUAUGGAAAGAAAUGGACCAGUUGCCAGUACACAGUAUUAAAUGUAUUCCUCUUUAUCAUCCUUACCAGAAAUGUAGUUGUAGCUUAGUGGUGGCUGCUAGGGGAUCCUAUGUAUUUUGGUGUCUUCUUCUGAUAUCCAAAGCAGGUCUGAAUGUCCAUAAUUCGCAUGUCACAGGACUUCACACACUACCAAUUGUUUCCAUGACUGCAGACAAACAAAAUGGUACAGUAUACACAUGCUCAAGUGAUGGAAAGGUCAGGCAGUUGAUACCCAUUUUUACAGAUGUUGCAUUAAAGUUUGAGCACCAGCUGAUUAAACUAUCAGAAGUAUUUGGCUCAGUGAGGACUCAUGGGAUAUCAGUAAGCCCCUGUGGUGCAUACCUGGCAGUCAUUACAACUGAGGGUAUGAUCAAUGGUCUCCACCCUGUUAACAAAAACUAUCAGGUUCAAUUUGUAACUCUCAAAACAUUUGAAGAGGCAGCAGCUCAACUUCUGGAAUCUUCAGUUCAAAACCUCUUUAAGCAAGUGGACUUAUUAGAUCUGGUACGCUGGAAAAUUUUGAAAGACAAACAUAUCCCUCAGUUUUUACAAGAAGCCUUGGACAAAAAGAUUGAAAGUUCUGGAUCGACUUACUUUUGGCGUUUUAAACUUUUCCUUUUGCGAAUUUUAUACCAGUCAAUGCAGAAAACCCCCUCAGAAGUCUUAUGGAAGCCCACCCACGAGGACAACAAAAUCUUAAUAUCCGAUUCUCUUGGGCUGGGCCAUACUGAGGAGGAACACCAGGAAGAAGGAACUUCUUUCAAACAAAUAGGUAAGCCAGGUGGCCAUGAGAGGAACAAAGAAAGAGAUGCUGAAGAUCUAGCUGACAGUUCACCCAUCCAGUCUGGAGAUGCAGGCCGUGAGCCAAUGGAAGAAAAACUCCUUGAAAUCCAAGGAAGAAUUGAAGCUGUUGAAAUGCAUUUAACUAGGGAACAUAUGAAGAGGGUUUUGGGAGAAGUAUACCUCCACACAUGGAUCACAGAGAACACUGGCAUCCCCACUAGAGGACUCUGUGACUUCUUAAUGUCUGAUGAAGGCUAUGAUGACAGAACAGCUCGGGUGCUCAUCGGGCACAUCUCAAAGAAGAUGAACAAACAGACUUUCCCUGAGCACUGCAGCUUGUGUAAAGAAAUUUUGCCUUUCACAGACCGUAAGCAAGCAGUUUGCUCCAAUGGGCACAUUUGGCUUCGGUGCUUUUUAACCUACCAGUCCUGCCAGAGUUUGAUAUACAGAAGGUGUUUGCUUCAUGACAGCAUUGCACGGCAUCCAACUCCAGAAGAUCCUGACUGGAUAAAGAGGUUAUUGCAAGGCCCUUGUCCAUUCUGCGACUCCCCCGUUUUCUAAAUGACAGUCGUGGGAAGAUCGAGAAGGCAAUGAUUCUGCUAUAGAAAACUUUCUUUGCCUGGAAGGGGAAAAAAGCACAGAAGUUAAUUUUGCCUGUAUAAGAGGAGAGAUGUUGUCCUUAUUCCUAUAAAUAGGACAUUGGAAACUCAUAUCUUAAGAGGCUCAGUUCUCUCUUAUGUCUAGAAGUGGAGGUGCAUCUUCUUUUUUAUUUCUGGAUGAUGAUUUGCUGAAGCGUUUCUGAGGUCACUAAAGUCCCUCUUACCUAAUGGGCACUCUUAUUUGGCAUGUGUCUUUCGAUGGAAAACAGCCUGGACAAUAACCAUCUCCCAACAUUUUUGGAAGCCAUAUGGCUUCUUCUGACCAGCUUGGGAAACUUCUUUUUGGCCAAGUCAACCUGGCCCCUUUUCUUCGGCUAGAAUAAUCUUCUGGAUCUGGAGAGGACCUCUGUCUUCCAGUGAUUGGUUUUCUAUAAGUCCUAGCACCCAGCAUAUCAUCAUGUUAAAGUAGCCCAAACUGUGUACAGUUUUUAUUUUUUUCCAAGCAAGUGGCCUGCAUGCCUAUUGUAGCCCCUUCAAAGGAAACAGAAACUAGCCUUAAGUUCAUGUUUCCUCUUAAAAUAAACAAAACAUCAUCCUUUGCCUUUUGUGAUAAUACUGUUGAGACCAAAAGACUAAAAUUGGUUUUGUUGUGCUAAAUGAGGAUCAGUUGGAUGGGGCUAUUACUGGUUAAUACUCAUAUGUAAUAUUUUUCAAUUAUCUAUUCCUUCCAUAUAAUCAGAUCACAUUAGCCAACUCUUUAAAAUAUAUAAAGAUUCCAAGUAUUCAGAAUUCUCUCUUUCAUCUGUUCUGGUUUUGAAGAAAAUGUAUUUAAUUACUUAUAUUCUAGGCUUUUUGUUUUCUUUUGAAGAAAGGAAAGAAAACCACUAUUAUGCUACCAUUAUUUUUAGUAUUUUAAUUAUGUGCAUUUCUAAGCAAACUUUUAGAAUCCAGGGGAGGGGUGUAUAAAGACCGUCAUAGAGAAUUCCUUAAAAAAGGCAAGGCAACUAAGAAAUGGGAACCCUUGUCUGGGUUGCACUUAGGUAUAUUCUGUCUUAAUAGAACAGAGCAAGGUAACUUGUACCAGAUGCAAAAUUUCUAUAUUCUUCUAUAAAACAGGGAAAUAAGAUAACUUGCCCUUGUUAAAACUAGAAAUAAGCAUUAUGGAAUUGUAAUAGGCUUGGAGAUGUGAAUCUAAUCACUGGCUCUGGACUUAGUCUAUAAUCCAGUUAUCUUGUGGUGGCUCAUACUUGUGUGGAAAGAUGGAUGGGAACAGUAAACAUUUAUUUCUUCAGUCAGAUGCUGUUGGCAAUAUUGUUAGCUGUUUCCAUUGUAAAUACCAUUUUUUCUUCUUACAGUUUGAUCCAUGGUAGACUGUCUAAUUUUGGUAAUUAGAUUUAGUCCUAUAAAAUUGUUUCUAGCUAUAAAGCACUACAGACUAAUGUUCUAUAACCAUCUUGGCUAAUUUGUGUCAGAGAACUUGAAGCAUCCAAGGUGAUAUCUCCAGAGGCAAAAAGAUCCCCAUGAUAUACUUCUGCCCAGCAAACAAGAUUUUGAUUUUGAUUCCUGGCCUUGAUCUUGUGCUCGCUGAACUCUUCUCCUUGUCUCUGUCACAUUGGGAGCAGUUCUAAGAAUAAUGCUUAUCAAGACUUCAGGAUCCCAAACAAUGUGGUGACUCACCAAAGAGAAAAUUGGGUAGCAGCAAAGUUCUUUAAAAAUACUAACUUUGAAAAAUAAUAGUGUGGCUGAAGUUGUGUCUACAGUAUUUUUUUUAACUUUACUAUUGUAAGAAUCAUGUUAUUAAGGGAAUUGAGAUAGGCUAUGGCCAGAAAUCCCUCGAGUCUUUGGGACAGUUUAUUAGUAAGUGGCCAGUUCUUAUAUUAUUAAGUGCCAUUUAAAAUUUCGACAUUCAAUUUUUAUUUAAAAUAUCUCUUACCAUCAUGGUAUUUAAUGAACUAUAUAUUUUUUUGAGAACAAGAAACCAAUUUAAAAAGGGUCUUGAAUUCCUUUGUGUGUGUCUCUUAGGAAGAUAUUGUGAGUAGGUUGGAGAUACCUCAAACAAAUUGACCAACAUAUGUGACUAGAUCAUAGCCAUAUAAUUGUUCUUUAAUGGAGCUUUAUCUAAUGAGAAUCUUGCCUCAUCUGGUAAGCUUCUCCCAAGUGAAUGUUGAAUUGUAGGAAUGAAAGAAAAAGGUUUGAAUGAAUAGUCCACCCUCACUUAGCAUCGUAACAGUCCCAUGCUACUAAAUAUGUUAUCUUCUGAGGGUCAGAUUACUCCCACAGUAUGCAGAAGAGACAAACUGGCAUGGCUGCCAUGUCUUUGUGGGGUUGCUUUCAAAUUCUAAAAUCAGUGAAACCUCUGAAAAUGAACAUCUGGGUGAUUCCAAAUGUUGAUCUUGAAUAUUGAUCAUAUAUGUCAAAUUGUUUACAGAGAAUGGGAGAAGUUUACAGAAUCUUAGUUCAUAAAACAAACCUCUUCUAUGUGGUUGUGUGAGAACUGGGCUCAAAUAUGACUGUCUAAUAAUUGUAUUUCAGCACCGAAGAAGGUACUGGAGGUGAUAUCUGCCGCUUUGCAUUUAAAGUGCACUAGCAAAGAUGACACAAAACUAGACCUUUCAGUUGAAACACUGUUGCAUUUUGGGAGUCUGAUAUCCACGUAUGUAUCACAUUUUCUCUGCCUGGGGUUAAUUUGUCCCUAUUAUCCUAGAUAAGUAAUUGAUAGCUUGUUAUGCUUGAUAUUCAUUCUGAAAUCCUCAUGUGUCCACCAUUCAGACUUCAAGCAAGCUCUACCUACUAUUAUAUCUGCCAAAACUACCAAUUAUUUUUCAUUGUCAGAAAUUAUUAGAACCAUUGACGAUGCUAGUGGUUGAAUGUGACAUUUUCUUCCUCUCCCCCUAAGUAGUUUAUCAGAAUGUUAAUGUUGUAGCAUGUGGGUUGGAUAUAUUAGCAAACUUAACGGGUUAAUUAUGUUAAAACAAUGUAAAGGGAUAAUGAUUAAAUAUUAAAUUGUAUUCUAUUAUAACUGUAAUAGCUUCAGAUAAGACUAUAGGGAGGAUGACACUUGCUAGUGCUUGUUAAGAGACCUAAACUGAAAUGAUGGAUUUGUAGAACAUCUGCUCAGAUUGUAGCAAUGGUACUAUCUGAUGAAUUGAUGAUUAAUUCCUCCUCAGAUGAACUAGCAGCACUUAUUGAUUUCCAAAGAAGCCACUUCCAUCUUGACUGCUAUUGAUCCCCCUUCCAAAGAAGUCCUUAUUUUUUUGGUUGUGAGGUCAAUGUAACACACGAUUCAUUCAAAGCUAGCUAAACAAAUUUAAAAAUUUUUUUAAAUGUUUUCAUAUUGCAAAAGGAGAAUUUCAAAAAUUAAAUCAUAUCAUAAAAGCCCUCCCCCCUUUUAAAAACUAUAAUUCAGUAGCUUUUCCUUUAGAAAAUGAUUAUGGAUUUAGAUUGAGCCUCUCCUAUUAUAACAAAGGAGAAGAAGCUAAAGACAGAAUGAAAAUAGAAGAUAUGUAGUGGUUUAUUAUCAAUCCCUAAAUGAAGAUUUUGUGCAGGGAUAACCGACAUAGAGUUCCUUUAGAUGGUCAGUGAUGCCUGGGACAGAGUUGGAAAAAAUGAAGUUGCCUUUGUUAGAAUAAAAUAACACACAUGAAAGAGAAUGGAGGAUUCUAAAGGAUACAUACAUCUAAAGUGUAAGGCAUAGGGACAAAGUUGGUUAGAAUAGCCCAUGGUGGGAUAAAUAAAAUUGAGGUGAUGAAUCAUAAGAACAGGAGCCUCUAGAGAGUUCAUAGCUAAUGAAGGCCAGGAAGAAUAUAAGAGGACAUCUUAGGAAAGCUAGAGGGAUGUCAACUGAAUUGGCAAGGAAGAUGUUUCCCCAAAAUUAGCUCACCUUAACUAAAAGCCAAGUAUUGGGGUGAAACUGGAAUCUGAAACAAGCAUGGGUAGGGCUGCAGUGGCAAGAGCUCUGGACUUGGAAGCAGUGAUCUGGAUUCUAACAAUGUCUCUGUCCCUUCGUGCCCAUGUGAUCUCAGAUAGAUACCUCUCUGGGCUUCAGUUUCUUCAUCUAUAAAAGGAUGGGAUUGGAUUAGAUAACUUCCAAAGGCCCUUCCAUCUAUAAAAAUAUGAGCCCAUGAAGCUUCUAAUUUUCUUGUCAGAGUACUUGAUGAAUUAUGCAACUGGGUUAUACCUCAAGAUAGGACAUGCUGAUUUUUCUUCUUCCCCAUCACUUUAUGACAACAAAGAAUUACUGCACAGUUUUCAAGGGAUAUCUUCCAUGUUAACAACUACAACUUAGGUCACAUCUUGAAACUAAUCUUGGAUUGUACCUCCCACCUUCAAAAAGAGUGUGGUCCUUCCCUUUCCACCAUGGCUUCAGAGCCUAAACUAUACAAAUAACCAAUUAAAUUUACUUUUUACAACUGGCCCGCUUUGAAUUUUUAAAGGCACCAGCACCUCUCAGUGCUUGCAUGGCUUCCUUAAAUCAGCAUAGAUGUAUCUUAGUGCCCUGCUUUCCUUGUUGAGCCUUGCCGAAUAUCCCAAGAAUCUAAUCAUAUCCUCUAAGAGGAUACUGGAUUAAGAUAUAUAGUACAGCUAAAUGACCUAACAGAAAUUAAUUGAAUCCAUUCACUAUUAGAUAGUAGUUGCACAUUUAGAAUAUCAGUAUACUCCAAACUUUCAUGAGGCAGAACUGGCCUCUGUCAUGAAGCUGAACAGUAUUUUUUAGGUCAUUGUGAAUCACUUCAAGACUGAUGGCAUUACAGUUUCCAUCUGCUUCUCUUCCCUCUCCUCACUCCCCCCAUAAUUUGUGAAUUGUGAAUGCCCUUAGAAAGUACGUAACACUACUACUUGAGGAUAGAGUUUGGUGUUCUACAUAUAUUAGAAGGAGAUGAAAAACUAUAAAGUGUCUCCAUUCUGAGGAAGACUAAAGAUUCUUUGAAGUAUUCACUCUUUUUUGGGGGGGAACAUAUGCAGAGACAACAGUUUGGGCCCAUUAUGACCCUCUGGCAGCCAUCUCUAUUUUUUUCUUACAUAAUAGCUAUUAUUUAUAUGGAGCUUUAAGGUUUGCAAAGCUCUUUAAAUACAUAAUCUCAUUUGAUUCCCAAAAUAGCUUUGUGACAUAAGUGCUAUUAUCCCCAUUUUAUAGAUGAGGAAAUUGAGGAUCAGAGAUUAAGUGACUUGUCUAGGGUCACAUAGAGUUCCUGAGAUAGAAUUCAACCCAGGUCCAACUUUCUGUUCAUUUUGCCAUGCCUUAAAAUAACAUGUUCUUGGAAAGUUUUGUGUAAAUUUAAUUUUUAUAAAUAAAAAAAAUUUAAGUUUUGUAAGGGAAUCGGACAUGUAAAAGAGUCCUGUGAUCAAUCCUUUUUAUAAGAAGAGUGCUAUUACUUGCUUUCUGUUUUAAAUUCAGGUUUUUGGUUUUUUUUGUCUUGGGUUUUCAUCAAGUAUUCAGGGAUACUUUGACAUUUUAGUCCAGAGGAAGGCCUGCUGACUUUGGUGAUGCAUUGGGACAAUUCUUGCCUUUCAGGAAAGAGCCUUUCAUUUAAUUUUCUGACAGUGUAAAAAAUAUCAAGUAUGAGCCUUCAAUUACAAGUUUUUGUGGUAACUUCCUGAGGGCUGAGAGCUCAUCAUAUUAUUUGGGCAGAGUUGGGAGAAAGGAGAGAUCAGUCAGUUGCUUCAUGAACCCACUCAGAUUUUCAGUGUCCCAGUUUCUUUGUAAAUGGAGAUGUUCCUAUCUGUUCACCUCCCAGGUUUGUUGUGAAAAUAAAGAUCAAAUCAAUAAACUAUAUAAAGGCUGUGAAAUUAUGAAGCGUUAUAUAGAUGUACGGUAUUAAUAUAAUUUUAGUGCUAGAAGAGAAAUGCAUUUUUAAAAGUUAGAGUAGUGAGAAACCUUAGAGGUCAUUUUGUUCAAUGGCCCCUUCAUUUUAAAGAAAAGGAAGCAGUGGGCCAGCUCUAAACAACUGAGAUAGGAGCAUGCUGCUGGCUUCCAUUUAAGAUUUGGUGGCAAGUUUGUCAAAAACAAAGCAAGAGCUAGUUGGGUUGAGAAUUAAGUUUUGAGACCAAGUUUGAAUCAUAGGUUGAUUUUAAGAGACAAAAUAGCUCAUUUAACUGUGUUUGAAUCCUACCAUUCCCAUUCCAAACUUUCUAAAGUAAAAAUGUUCUAGAGUUUGCACCUUAACAGAGCAGCUAACUAUAGCUGAAGCUCUGCAGUUUCAUACCUUACCCAUCUUAAUAAAGAUUUGCUGUGUGUGUGCUCCAGAGUAUAGGUGGGAGCUGGGGGUGGGUGGUACAUUAAUUAGUAAAGGGAAAGUGGAACUGGUGAAUGUUUUUUAUAUUGAUUUAUAAGGUGCUUAUAAAUAGUGCCAGAUAAAGAGUUCAACACCCCCAAAAUGCCUUCAGUCACUGGAUUUGACACUGGAAGACCUUUGUUCAAAUCUCAGCUCUGCUUCUGACUGGGUAAUCCCACGAAAGCAGUUUCCCCUCUAUAAAUUUAUUUCCUAAUCUGUAAAACAAGCCGGUUGUACUAAACAACCUCUAAGAUCCUUUGGUCCCAUAAACCUUAUUUGGAAUCAUGAAGAAUGUUCCCAGAAUUGUUCGACUUUAGUGUUUGGCACAAAUGUUCUUUCACAUGUAAGAAAGGAAGAUACCAAAUCCUUGAAGAUAAGACAAUUUAGAAAAACUGGGCUAUUUGUAUAUAGAGCUAUAUAGUGGAUUUUUCAUUGAAAUCAACCUGUAUUCAACUAAUCUUCAACCAUGUACUCAGCUUUGAAUUGUGCAAAGAAUCUAUCAAUAUUUUUACACUGAUUUUCAAGCAGAUGGAAAGUUCAUCAGAAAUCUUAGGGGUGUAGAAAGAAAAAGUUUCUGCAUCCUUAGGGUUGAGUUUAAAUAUUAUUUUUCUGAGUAAUAGGAUCUGGGGAAAAGAAGAAUGACACUUCCUAGACUUUAUUAUUGAUAAAAAAAUGUAUAAUCCUUUACUAAGAAUAUUAUCACCUAACAUUUAGAAUAUCCUUUAUCCAUAAAAAAAACUCAGAGCUGCUUUAGUCUUUUAAUUGUAUGAAUAUAUGUAAAUAAUGUGGAUUACUAGAUUGUAAAAUCCUUGAGGAUAGGGAACCCCUUCAUUUUUUUUAAUCCCCUAAGCACUUAACAAAGUGCCUUGCACGUAGUAGGCAUUCAUUAAAUAUUUGUUGAAUGAAUGAAUGAGUUGUGUUACCGUUAAGAUAAAGCAUAGUUCACUUUGUUUCAGUGCUUUCAACACUAUGACUGGAAGAGGACUAAAAACCUCACAUUUCAAAUGGCAGAGCCUGACAUUUGAUAAAGAUGUAGAUUGGGCUAUAUUCAUUCCUGAAAAAAUGCCAUGAUACAUGAGCGUCCUGGGCUGUUUAAUGCUUAGAGUGGAGUUUUCUUAGGCAGAGUUUGAAGUUGGGGAGAUUGUGGAGGAAAUAAAUACACACGGCACUUUUUGUUGUUUUCCUUAAAGCAGGCCCCACAAGAGAAUCAGAACUUAAUUUUGUUCAUUACAACCCAAGCAAAGGAUAAUAAAACUUUCAUAUCUUAUGCCUUAGAUAUUCAGGCGUUUCUUUGCCAGGCUGAUUAUAGGGCUAUUUGAUGUGUUCAUUUUUCCAUCUUGGAUUCGCUUCCAUUUCCUAUAUGAUUCUGGUAUUGGAGUCAAAGUUGCUGUGAAUAUUUGGUGCUGUACAUAAUGGCAGUUUUGUAAACGUGAUGCAAUCUCUCAUGUUGUGUUUUGUAUACAGAGCCAGUAGUAUUGUUAUCCUGCCCUCUUUUUUAUUCAAAAUAAAUAAAUAACCAAA